AUGCUCCGCAGAUCGUUCCACACCUCUGUAACCAAGAAAAGUGGUGCCAAGGUCUGGUCUGACUUUUCUGCAAGGCCAAUAGCGCUAUCAAUUCCAAGUGAAAAGGUGAAGAGCUGUGUUUUGAAUGGUACAUCAGCACAAGGCCCGCCUUCUUUGAAAAAACGAUCAAGCAGGAUCAAAUACCAAUCACCAGAAAAGAUUGAUGAGGUAUUUAAGACAUGCUACGACUUUUUAGAAUCAAGAGGGGCUUCUAAAUAUGCUAAACUGAAAGAUGAGCAAAACAUAAAAAAACGCACACAACUGGCCGCCGAAGCCGAGAUCAACAAUCCUGAAGUUUUAUACAACUUUCAAUACAAUGAAAAGAUUGAAAAUGAUCCAAGAAUUAUCGAUUACAACGUUCCCGUUUACAGAUACCUUGGACGUAAACAUUGGGAAUCGUAUGGACAAAUGCUGUUGAUGCAAAGACUAGAGACUCUAGCGGUGAUUCCGGAUACGAUGCCAACAUUAGUGCCCAGAGCUGACAUUAACAUCAAGUUCCCAUUCUCAACAGGAUUGAACAAAUGGGUCGAACCAGGUGAAGUCUUGUCAUCCAACGCAACGAGCUUGGCUCCCGCGAUCAAGAUCCAAGAAUAUGAGGAUGUGGAUCCUACGGAACAGCUUUACACAGCGCUCAUAGUGAACCCUGAUGAGCCAGACUUGACAACAGAUUCCUUCAAAACCACAUUGCAAUACGGACUGGUCAACCUCAAGAUAUCCUACAAUGAUAAUAUCCUUGACGCCCGCAAAUUUACUGAUGACAAUGUUGUUGCUGAAUAUCUGCCACCAGUUCCAGAAAAAAAUGCUGGAACUCAGAGAUUUGCUGUUUGGGUCUUUAGACAAUCCGGUCCAUUGAAAAUCUCGCAGAAGAGACUCAACAGAGACAGUUUUGAUCUGCGCCGAUUUGUGCACGACCAAGCCCUGACGCCUAUCGGUGCGCAUGUGUGGAGAAGUCAAUGGGAUAGUAAUGUGAAUAACGUCAGAGCUAAAUAUGGCAUGCCAGAGGGCCGCGUGUUCCACCGCGUCAGAAAAAGCUAG